GCAGACCCCGAGUGGGGCCGACUGGGGGGGCUCGCUCCGGGUCCGGCUCCGCGCGGCAUCAUGAACGACGACUUCUGCCGGGCGCUGGUGGACCGCCGGCCCGCGGCGCCCCCUGGCUGCCUGCCUCUGGGCGUCAGGCCCCCUCCCCGGCCCGCGCCCCUACCCCGCGCCGAGCCACUGGGCGCGGUGCCCUUCCUGCUAUACCCUGGCGCCCCCGAGCCGCCCUACUGCGACGCCUACGCGGGCGUGUUCCCCUGCGCGCCCUUCCCCGGCGCCCUGGGCGUCUGCGACUACCCCUUCGAGCCCGCCUUCAUCCAGAAGCGCAACGAGCGCGAGCGCCAGCGCGUCCGCUGCGUCAACGAGGGCUACGCGCGCCUCCGCGGCCACCUCCCUGGCGCCCUGGCCGAGAAGCGACUCAGCAAGGUGGAGACCCUGCGGGCGGCCAUCCGCUACAUCAAGUACCUGCAGGAGCUGCUGAGCGCCGCCCCCGACGGCCCCCGUGAGCCCCCGGCGCCCCCGGCCCGGGAGCCCGACUCUUCCGAGCCCACCUGCUGCUCCUCCUCGCCCCUCUUUGAGUCGGAGGAAUGCAGCCACUGACCGAGCUGGCGUUCCACCGGGCACGGGGUGCCAGGGCCCCCUGCCCUGAGGCGAUUCCUUGUCUGCAACACCCUCCUUCUGCCACCGCCACCCCGGCCCCGUCCCUUUCAGCUGGAGUGCAGGGCGGGGGGCGGGGCGAGGGCACGACAGAGGCCAGAGUGGCCAGAGCGGCCGGCAGGGUGGGGAAGCUCGGUGCGUGCUGCUGCGCCCGGUCCAACUUGGGCCCUGGCUCGGCGUCAGCCCAGUUCCUGUUGUCCCAGUUCCUGCAGUGUACACCGGCUGUGGGGGCCCUGCUCCGUCCUUGGGGGCCACAGGCUCAGCCCUGCGCCUGCGAGUCCCCAGGAAGCGGGCCUGCUUUGGUGCGCACGUUAUGCCCCGGCUCUCCGGGAGAUGGCCUCCAAUACCAGCGUCCUCUUUGGGAGCUUGCUUGCCACCCCCCGCCCCCAGAGGAGCCUGGAGGGUGAGGUGCAGGCCAGGGGCAGCGUGCAUUCAGCCCAGAUCCAGCCAGAGACUCCGGAGGAGGCAGAGCGAGUGCGCCAAUGGUGCUCUCUCUCCUGCUUCCUUCAUGGAGGGUGUUAUCACCCCAAUACCCCCCCCCCCAGUGUGGCCUUUUCCUCCCCCCACCCGGGCUAGGAAAGGACUGCGUCCCCCUCACCCCCAGACUACUCUGUGGGCGUGGGGACCACAUGGACAUAUUGGCGCUGUGUUUGCACCA